AUGCGACAGAAGCCAGUCAAUCUGCUUAAUUUGCCAGACCUUACUGGCGCUAGUGUGCCAAGUUUCUUGAGGAUGGACAGGUUCCGUCUCCUAGACUUCGUUGUUGAGAGGUGUAAGGCCCGGGCUCUUAAGCAUACGAACGCGCCGGGUGUCCUUGCAAAGCAGAUUGCUAUGACGCCCUUCGAUGUAUCCAGCUCGCGAAGAUUCAAUCUACUUGCCUGGCCUGGGGCAUUUUCCGGUGCAUACGUGGAUAGUGGUGGCUCCACCUAG